AUGGCGUCUUGCAGACAGCUUUUUCGAACUUUUUCAGUUCUUAAAUUUCGUGCUAAUUCAAAAAUCAGUAACUGUCGGUUACUUUUAAAGAAUAGUUUAUAUAAAGUGGCACCGGAUAAAUACACCAGCGUCAAUAAGAGCUGGCUACUAGCGACUUGCUUUCCAAUAGCAUGGUCUCGAGUUGGACUGAUGAAAUUUGUGUUCGGGUCAGGAAUGUCCAUAUCAACAGUCUCAUUUCUAUCGGUUGCAUUUUGCUCUGACAGCGCUGAAGGUUUCUUCCAGGCUGUAAAACAAGGAAAUGUAAAUGAGAUUGAAAGGUUUCUAAAGAGUGGUGUUGAUGUGAAUCAGAAGCAUGAGCUUGGUUGGACAGCUCUUCAUGUAGCAUCAAUAAGUGGAAACCUCAGAGUUGUACAGUUAUUAUUGAAGGCAGGUGCAGACCCUUGUGCUCGUGAUGAAUAUACAAACCACAUCAUGAUAGCCAGAGAGAGACGCUUCAAUGCAAUGCAUGUGCUGACAAUUAGGGAGCAGGAGUUCAGUGAUCGACUCCACCCAAGGGCCUACUUCAAGGACUGUACACCCCUCCACUAUGCUGUUCUCAUAGAUGAUGUUGACAUUGUCAAGGAACUCUUACAAGCAGGUGCUGAUCCCACAUUGGAAAAUGCAAAUGGCCAUAAUCCUGUUGAAUAUGCCAAGAGCAGUAUGAUGAAAAAAGUGAUCAAGGAGGCUACAGAAAAGUAUAAAGUGAUACAGGAGCAGAAAGCAGCAGAAGAGAGGAGACAAUUUCCUUUGGAGCAGCGACUGAGGGAACAUAUUAUUGGACAGGAUGGUGCAAUCAAUACUGUGGCAGCAGCGAUCAGAAGAAAGGAGAAUGGCUGGUAUGAUGAGGAUCAUCCCUUAGUGUUUCUGUUCAUGGGAUCAUCAGGAAUAGGUAAAACAGAGUUAGCCAAACAAUGUGCUAGAUAUCUACAUAAGGAUGUGAAAAAGGGUUUUAUAAGGAUAGACAUGUCAGAAUACCAGGAGAAACAUGAGGUUGCUAAAUUUAUAGGCUCCCCUCCUGGAUAUGUAGGACAUGAAGAAGGUGGACAGCUCACAAAGAAACUAACAGAAUGUCCAACAGCUGUUGUAUUGUUUGAUGAAGUUGACAAGGCACACCCUGAUGUACUUACCAUUAUGCUUCAGUUGUUUGAUGAGGGUCGUCUCACAGAUGGCAAGGGACAGACAAUUGAUUGUAAGGAUGCUAUCUUCAUAAUGACAUCCAACCUUGCCAGCGAAGAAAUAGCAAAUCAUGCCCUACACCUCAGACAGGAAGCAGCUGAUUUGUCAAAGCACAAACAUGUAGGAAAACUGGAGGAUCUAGAGGCCACCGAGAGGAUCACCAUAUCUAGACGUUUUAAAGACCUUGUUGUACGUCCGAUUCUUAAGAGAGCAUUCAGAAGAGAUGAAUUUUUAGGAAGAAUAAAUGAAGUGGUGUACUUCUUACCAUUUUCACGAUCUGAGCUCAGUAAACUGGUGAACAAGGAACUUGAGUUUUGGUCAGAACAAGCCUCGAAAAAGCAUAACAUUAAACUGAUCUGGGACCACAAUGUGGUGGACGUUCUGGCUGAUGGCUAUGAUGUCCACUACGGGGCCAGGUCAAUUAAGUAUGAGGUGGAGAGAAGAGUGGUAUCACAGCUAGCUAUGGCUCAUGAGAGGCAGAUGAUAGAAAAAGGGUGUGUCAUCAAGAUUUCAACUGUCAAUGCACCAGACAUGACAAAAUCUGGAAGCACAGUGUCGUCACCUGAUGGCAGCAAGGAAGUGGCCACUAUAAAACUACAGCUUCUGAAGAAGGGCAGGAAAAAUGAAUAUGUUGAUAUAGAUUUACAGGACAGCAAUAAUCCUUUUACAACAACAUUUAAAUAGAAAGAUUAACUAAUUUAUUUAUAAAAAGGAUCAGUUACUGAUGAACCAACCUCACAUUCAGUUCAAAUCAAACUUUAUGGAUAUGUGUUGAUAUGAAAAAGUGAGCUGGUCUUCUGCUACUAAAUACUGUACUGCUGCCUGAAAAUGCUCUCAUUCAGUUCAAAUGUCAUUAUUCAGUUCUCUUUAAAAGACUGUGUCUAAAAAGGGUUCAUGGGUAAGGCUGUACAGUGAUCUCUUCAGGAUUUCAGGAUUGUGCUGUGACUAGCUUUUACAUUCCUUCUGGAGAAAACAGUAGCAUAAAGUGUACCAUUAGAAAGAUAUAAUGCAUGUCUGAGAAGUUAAACCUUCAAAUACAUAAAUGCAAAUUACAA